AUGCUGCUCCAAGUAUGUUACGAAAGCUUUGAGAAUGCUGGCAUCCCCGCCGAGGAUUUGAUGAACAGCCGUACAGGUUGCUACGUCGGCUGCAUGACAAACGACUACGAAAUGGUCUUCUUGCACGACAUCUAUGACAUCGGACAUCCGGCAGCAACGGGUCUAAGCGAAGCCAUGACUGCUAACCGUGUGUCCCAGUUCUUUGGCCAUAAGGGUCCAAGUUUGACACUUGACACCGCUUGCAGCUCCUUACUUUACGCUCUUCACCUUGCAUUAGGUUGA